AUGUCAAGAUCAAAUAUUCCCGAAGAGAUCCAAGAAGAGAUUUUAUUAAGGUUACCCGUGAAAUCCAUCUUAUGUUUUAAAUCCGUAUGCAAGAGUUGGUAUGAAUUACUUUCUAGUCGUAAAUUCAUCAAGGAUCACCUUAAUCUUCCCACCAAAAAACACCUUAGAAACAGAAAGAUUAUGAUCAGAGUUUAUGAUUGUUACUUCGAAGCUGAUGAUAUAUUUUAUUCCAUAGAUUAUGCUUCAAUAUUAAGGGAAGCUGUUCUUAUGAAUUACCCAAACGACAAUAAUAAUAAUUCUAUAACUCACAGUAUUUACCAUUUUAUUGUGGGAUCUUGCAAUGGCUUGAUUUUAUUAUUAGCCGAUGAUAGUGAAAAACUAUUUCUUUGGAAUCCAUCAACAAGAGAGUACAAGGAAAUUAUUAGAGCACCGGCGCCCUUAAAAAGCUAUCUUGCCUAUGGGUUGGGUUACGAUGCCAAAAGUGAUAAUUACAAGUUGGUAUGCAUCGCAACUGGCAAGUCUGAUGAUGACGAGCUUGAUGAUUUUUCUGAAGUUUAUUCAUACACAUCUGGUUCAUGGAGUAGAGGCCAAAACAUCCUUUAUGUGCAUUCUGAUAUAACUGGUGGUGUGCUUCUGAAUGGUGUUCUGCAUUGGUUAGGUGAAGCUGUACACUGGUCAGGUGAUACGGCCACUCGUGAAAAAACUAUAAUCUCCUUUGAUAUUAACAGUGAGAAGUUCAUUGGUUUACCACUUCCUGAAGAAACUAUGAAAUGCCCAGAAGAGAUAUUUGAUGUCCAAGUGCUGGGAGAUUCCCUUUGCUUAAUUUGUGGUGUCCGUAACGUUCAUAUUGAUGUAUGGGUUAUGCAAAAUUAUGGUGUGAGAGAAUCUUGGACAAAACAAUUCACCAUUACCCAAGAAGGAAUGACUGAAGAACCCCGAUUAUUAAAGUUCUAUGGCUCUGUUAAAUAUAGUGAGAUUCUAAUACAGGUUGGUGAACGUCUCGGUUUAUACGACCAAAAGAAUGAUAGCGUUAGGAUCCUAGAUAUAAAUGGCAUAAAUGACGGUAAUUUUUGCUCGGAGAGCUACGUGGAGAGCUUAGUUUCGGUGAGUUCAGGUACUUAUAUGGGUACAACGGGGAAAAAACAGUCCAAGGAUGCUAUUGAAAUUCAAGAUUCUCACUCGAAGAGAAACACCCAAGUUACACUGGAAGAAGCUGCAGAUAAAGAAGCGAAACGCAAGCAUAAUGAACUACUAGAUGAAAGUAGUAGCAGUUCUAAAAGAAAACGAGCAUCUUAUGAGAACAAAGAAUUGGAUGCCGUUAAUUCUUCUCUUGGUGAUGCUUUAUUAGUCAACGUAUAA